GGUCAAAUGCUACAGUCAGUAUGGAAAUCUCAGAACCAGUUGUAGAAAAUGGAGAAACAGAAAUGUCCCCUGAAGAAUCAUGGGACCAUAAAGAAGAAUCCAUUGAACCUGAAUUAGCAAGUGGACCUUCUGGUGACGCAGGAUCUAUUGAAGAGGGUAUCCCAGAAAUGAUGGAAGAGGAGGAAGAGUUGCCAAAACCUAAAUCUUUGGUUGCACCACCCGGUGCUCCCAAGAAAGAACAUGUAAAUGUAGUAUUCAUUGGACAUGUAGAUGCUGGUAAAUCAACAAUUGGAGGACAAAUAAUGUAUCUCACAGGCAUGGUUGACAAAAGAACACUUGAAAAAUAUGAAAGAGAAGCUAAAGAAAAAAACAGAGAAACCUGGUAUCUUUCAUGGGCCUUAGACACAAACCAGGAAGAACGGGACAAAGGUAAAACAGUGGAAGUGGGCCGUGCCUAUUUUGAAACAGAGAAGAAACACUUCACUAUUUUAGAUGCUCCAGGGCAUAAGAGCUUUGUCCCAAAUAUGAUAGGUGGUGCUUCCCAAGCUGAUCUAGCUGUGUUGGUUAUCUCCGCAAGGAAAGGAGAAUUUGAAACUGGCUUUGAGAAAGGGGGACAGACAAGAGAGCACGCCAUGUUAGCAAAAACAGCAGGUGUAAAACAUUUAAUAGUUCUUAUUAAUAAAAUGGAUGAUCCAACUGUGAACUGGAGCAAUGAAAGGUAUGAGGAAUGUAAAGAAAAACUGGUGCCAUUCUUGAAGAAAGUUGGCUUCAAUCCCAAAAAAGAUAUCCACUUCAUGCCCUGCUCAGGACUGACUGGAGCAAACCUCAAAGAGCAGUCAGACUUCUGUCCGUGGUAUACAGGACUCCCCUUUAUUCCGUAUUUGGAUAACCUGCCAAACUUCAACAGAUCAGUUGAUGGACCAAUCAGGCUGCCAAUUGUUGAUAAAUAUAAGGAUAUGGGUACAGUGGUUCUGGGAAAACUGGAAUCCGGCUCUAUUUGUAAAGGACAGCAGCUUGUGAUGAUGCCAAACAAGCACAAUGUGGAAGUCCUCGGGAUCCUUUCUGAUGAUGUAGAAACGGAUGCUGUAGCUCCAGGUGAAAAUCUGAAGAUCCGACUGAAAGGAAUAGAAGAGGAGGAGAUUCUUCCAGGGUUUAUACUCUGUGACAUUAAUAAUUUGUGUCAUUCAGGACGCACUUUUGAUGCUCAGAUAGUGAUAAUUGAGCACAAAUCCAUCAUCUGCCCAGGUUACAAUGCGGUGCUGCACAUUCAUACAUGUAUCGAAGAAGUUGAGAUCACAGCCUUAAUUUGUCUAGUAGACAAAAAAUCAGGAGAGAAAAGUAAAACAAGGCCCCGUUUUGUCAAACAAGAUCAAGUAUGCAUCGCCCGUUUAAGGACAGCAGGAACCAUCUGCCUUGAGACAUUCAAAGACUUCCCCCAGAUGGGUCGCUUCACCUUAAGAGACGAGGCUCAUUGUCUUCCCAGUUUUCCCCCCAAAUUCCAGACAUCUUUCAAACAUUCAAACCAUUCAUGUAAGACAAUUGCCAUUGGGAAAGUUCUGAAAUUGGUUCCGGAGAAGGACUAAGCUUUGUUUUUAACAAGCCGGCACAAAUAUUGUGAGGAAAAAGUGACUCUGCGAAAGCCUACUUCACGUCGCCUUCUUAUUUUCUUCCCAUUGAUAACUUUCUCCCUGUAUUUGCAAAGAUGAUAUUUCACAGCAAAAGGUCCACAUUAUGUCAGCUUUCUCAUAUUGAGAGCUCUGCUAUGCCACUGUUGAAUUUCCCAAAGUUUUUUUUUCUCCUCCCCCCCCCACAAAAAAAAUCUGCUUCCUUGGAAAGAUUUGGCAAUAGCUUUAUAAGUGAUGUGGACAUAACUGCCUAGAAUUAUGAAAAAUCUAUAGGAUUUAUGUUUAAUUCCCCCCCAAAAAAACAUAUUGACACAUUUUUCAAGGCAGAUCAUUUGGAGUGUGCGUGCACAUGUUAUGAAGACAAUUGCCAUGUUAAUAAACUAUUCAAUUUGAAAUCUUUUUUGGGGUAUCUUAAUUGUUUUUGAAUAAUGUUUUUAUCCAAAUGUAACACCCGUUGCAUUAGCUUUUAACCUACCAAGUAAUUUGAAUAUUCAGUUACUUAGGCUUUUCUAAAAACCCAGCUGUUCACCUUGGCGUUCCUUCCCCAGCCAAGUUUAAAAUGAAGCAAUUAGAUAAUUAACAAAAAAUUUACUAAUGAAAAUUUUAUUUUGCCCUCUCUUUAUGGUGGUUUUAAAAGGAUCUAAAACAUGUUCAAGUAUGGUACUAUUUAAUUAGUGUUGCAUCACUUUAUGGAGAUACAUAUAUAUAUAUAAUGUUAAGUUAAAAACUUAACAUAAAUGUUUAGGGACAGAAGUGAGCUCGAUCUUCCUGCUGUGUUCAGGAGUACAUCGUAAUUUUUUUCUGGCUAAAAUUCUAGCCAAUAAAAUUAUUGGGACUGUUAUAUCACAACUCUGGCAAUAAUACUGGUAUAUGAUAUUCAGCCUGAAAACUGAAUUCAGGUGCCAGUUUAGGAUAAAAGUUACUCCAUUCGUUCUGUCUUUAGCUUGAAAGACAAGGAAAUCUUUAUGUUUGUGUUUUAAGAUAGAGAGGAAAUCGAACAGAUAAGGGGUUUGAAGAGUGGUAAGUAUUCAGUGUUGACCUGGCAGCAGCUGGAUGACACCUCACUGAAUGUUAUACCACUUGUUUAAUCUUGAAGGUUUGCUGAUUAAAGCUGAGAGUCAAAUCAAGCACAGUUAAUAAAUUUCUGCAUAUCAGAACAACUUGAGUUAGAGGAAAGCAAAAGUGAGUAACAGGUUACAAGGUCAGCUUUUCAGAGGAAUACAGUAGCAAACUUAUCUGCUUGGCUGUAGGCAGAAUCUGUAUCAUUGCUAAAAAUUGGGGGAAAGGGGAGGUGCAAUGAUGAUCAAAAUGUGUUUAGUGGCAAUCUCCAUGAUUAGGCUUAUUAUAGACGGCUGGUUUGUUCAAAUGCUUCUCCAAUUAAAUCUUUUGCAGUUGUAUGUUCAAAAAGUAAUGUGCCCUCUCCCCCCCCAUCUACAGUCAUGUGACUGUUCCAUUUCACCUAACUCUAAAUUUAAAUGUUCACCCCUUUUUGUUUCUUUGUAACCACGGAAUCUCCCUUCCAUUUUACAUAAAGGCUACAUUGUAUGGACGAAAAAAAAGUUUAUUGUCCUUCAGUUUCAUAUGACUACACUGUUAGCUACCGUAAUGCAUGAGAUUUAAAUAAAUUUUAUUAUGUCUGCAAA